AUGGAAUUUCCACACAUUGGUGAACAUUGUUCUGUUACAACUUGCCAUCGGUUAGAUUUCCUACCGAUGAAGUGUGAUUCUUGUGCUGCUAUAUUAUGUAAAGAUCACAUCAAAUAUGACGAACAUCAAUGCCCAUUAGCUCAUCGUAAAAAUGUUCAAGUGCCUAUUUGUCCUUUAUGUAAUCAAGCUGUACCAUUACAACAUCGUGAUCAACCACCUGAUCACGCUGUGUCAGAUCAUAUCGAUCGCCAUUGCAAAUCUGAUCCAGCAAUGAAAAAACGUCGAAAGAUUUAUUCAAAUAGAUGUUCAUUUAAUUCAUGUAAACAACGUGAAGCAAUUCAAGUUAACUGUGAUAAAUGUUUGAAAACAUUUUGUUUGAAACAUCGAUUUCCUGAUGAUCAUAAAUGUGCAGGAUUUGAAAACACAGGUCGAGUGAUGAAUCUCGCUGGUGCUGCAGCUCUAGAGCGUAUGAAAAAGGCAAAUGUUAAUGUUACUAAUAAGAAUUCAUCAAGCGAUUCAAAACCAACGAACGAUGAUGAUGACGAAGAAUCAAUUGCAUUAGCAAUUAAAUUAUCUUUGAAUCAAACGACACAAGAAGAAAACGAUUUUCUCUUAGCAAAAGCUUUACAAGAAAGUGAACAGGAAGAAGCUCGAGCACGUCGCUCUACUGGCAUUACAACUAAAGGUUGA